CUUAUUUAACUUGGCUUGACCAGAGUAGAAAGUUCUGGAGACUUGUUACUAAUGAGUCUUAAAAGCUUCUGUGAAAGGAGAAAGAAGCGACAUCUGCCCUCUAGUGGCCACAUGCUGUAAGAGCAGGAUUUGUUUAAUAUAUCAUUAACAAUAAUCACAUGUACUUGAUAAAAGACAAGUCCUCAGUGAAUAGAAGUGAUCACAUGACGUGUUUGUAACUGUAUUCAGCCAAUCAGAGCAGAGGAGGAAGUGGAUCAGGUCCAAUUUUAGUCCAGAAAUAAACAGUCAUCUUCAUAAUUGAGUGUUGUAAUAAUUAAUGGUUUAUUCUGCUUGUCGCUCGUGCGCGCACACAUGGACUGAUCCACUUUAUUUCCUGGGGACCUCGUGCACGGCUGCAGUUUUAUUUAAAGCCCCGGGAGCGAGCAGCUGAUGCGCGCCCACGUGUGUCGUGAACCAGCAUGAGGGCUCUGAGGUUUGGUUUAACUCUUGUUCGACAUGGAGAAACACGCUACAACAAAGAAGGUCUCCUGCAAGGUCAGGCUAUCGACGCUCCUCUCUCGGAGGUCGGGCUGCAGCAGGCCGAGGCUGCAGGUCGAUACCUGAAGGACGUCGAGUUCAGCCACGUGUUCGUCAGUGAUCUGCUGCGAGCUCAGCAGACGGCCGAAACUAUCAUGAAACACAACAGCAGCUGCUCCUCGCUGCAAAUGGCUCUGGACCCUUUGCUCAAAGAGAUCAGCUUCGGUGUUGCAGAGGGGGGACGACUGCAGGACGUGAGGGACAUGGCCAAGGCAGCGGGUCAGACGUUCCCCGGCUUCACGCCACCAGGGGGCGAGACUCCGGAGCAGGUGAAGGAGCGGGUCAAAGAGUUCAUGGAGAACACGCUGCAGCAGCUCGGGGCCGAACACUGGCACCACAGCACCGAGGUGGAGACCUGCCCGUCGGCCGUGGAGGGGAGAGCGGACGACGGGGUCGGGGGGGUCCCGGUCCACGCCCUGGUGGUCACACACGGGGCCUACAUGCGCGUGGUGGUGCGUUACUUUGUGGAGGAGCUGCUCUGUUCUCUGCCUCAAGGCUCUGACAGAGCACACGUGUUCUCCUUGAGUCCCAACACGGGUCUGUGCCGGUUCGUGCUCAGCGUGAGGAAAGAGGAGGACGGGUUCCAGCUGUCGGGGAUUCGCUGCGUGUUCGUCCACAGGAACGACCACGUCAAAGAGCUCGUUCACCAGUAGGAGGAGCAGGAGGAGCGAUGGGAACGCAGUGGUUUGGAGGAGGUGCAGGAGACGGUGGGAGAAGAAUAGAGAGAAAGAAACCUCCUCAGACUUAACUGGUUAUUUAAAACAUGUAUUUGAUAUGUGGGAGAAGGUCAAAGGUUCUAGUGAUGUGAGGAAGAGUCUGUGUAAAGACUGUGUUUCUGUGUUAUUCAGCAUUAUUACACCAAAACCACUGGUUCACCACAAGUCGUGGUGGUAGGAUGUGACGUGGGUCAUGAAAGAAACCACACACACAUGGUGCAGGUCAAUGGUUUCUCUUUUUUCACUUUCUUUAGCAUUUUUCCAUUUUCGUUGAUUUCAGAAUCAGAAUCAGAAUUCUUUUUAUUGCCAUGUAUAUUUGCAUAUUUUGGAAAUUGCCAUGGUGUGGUUGGUGCACUGUACAUAAAAACAACAAAACAACAAAACAACAAUAUCCCAGUGAACAAUUCCUGAAUCUUGGUGGUAAACUUUCAGACACAUUUAUUGUGGUGAGGAUCCAAAUAAAAAUCUGGAUAAAGUGAAUAUAAAUGUGGUU